AAGUGGAGAAGAUGGCAUCGGAAGACAUCACCAAGCUUGCAGAGUCCCUUGCCAAAACUAAAGUGGGUGGAGGACAGUUGAGCUUUAAAGGCCAGAGCCUUAAACUCAAUACAGCAGAAGAUGCUGAAGAAGUGAUCAAACAGAUUGAGGAAUUUGAUGGCCUGGAAGCAUUGCGCCUGGAAGGCAACACAGUAGGUGUGGAGGCAGCAAAGGUCAUUGCCAAAGCCUUGGAAAAGAAGUCGGAGCUCAAGAGGUGUCAUUGGAGCGAUAUGUUCACAGGGAGGCUAAGAUCUGAGAUCCCUCCUGCUUUGAUCUCUUUGGGAGAUGCCCUUAUCACUGCCGGGGCGCAGCUGGUGGAGCUGGACCUGAGUGACAAUGCCUUUGGGCCCGAUGGCGUGCGUGGCUUUGAGGCGCUGCUGAAGAGCCCAGCUUGCUACACCUUGCAAGAGCUCAAGCUCAACAACUGUGGCAUGGGCAUUGGAGGCGGCAAGAUAUUGGCAGCUGCCUUGAAAGAGGGUCACAGGAAAUCCAGUGCCCAGGGCAAGCCUCUGGCUUUGAAAAUAUUUGUGGCUGGCAGAAACCGUCUGGAGAACGAUGGUGCCACUGCUCUGGCAGAAGCCUUUGGGAUUAUUGGGACUCUAGAAGAGGUUCAUAUGCCACAGAAUGGAAUCAACCAUCCUGGCAUCACAGCGCUUGCCCAGGCCUUUGCUAUCAACCCACUGCUUAAGGUUAUAAACUUGAAUGACAACACGUUCACAGAGAAAGGAGCUGUGGCCAUGGCAGAGACUCUGAAGGCUCUUCGACAGAUUGAAGUGAUCAACUUUGGAGACUGCCUAGUGCGUUCAAAGGGGGCUGUUGCUAUUGCAGAAGCUGUCAAGGAAGGGCUUCACAAAUUAAAGGAACUGAAUUUAUCCUUCUGCGAGAUCAAGCGAGAUGCUGCUUUGACUGUUGCUGAGGCUAUCGAAGACAAGUCGGACUUGGAGAAGUUGGAUCUCAAUGGUAACUCUCUUGGAGAAGAAGGAUGUGAGCAACUUCAGGAGAUCCUUGAAGGCUUCAAUAUGGCAGCUGUCCUGGGAUCUUUGAGUGAUGAUGAAGGGGAAGAGGAAGAUGAAGAGGAUGAAGAGGAGGAAGAAGAGGAGGAGGAUGAGGAGGAGGAGGAAGAACAGCAGCAGUUGAAGGAGAGAGGACAGGGAGAGAAGGAGGCAAUGACUCCUAAGAAGAUACUGGAAUCACAAGAUUCAACUCCAGUGCCAUCUCCUCCUGUGGAUGUUGCCACAUUCCUUGCUUUUCCCUCCCCAGAGAAGCUGCUACGGCUAGGACCAAAGUGUUCAGUGUUGAUAGCUCAGCAGACAGAUGCAUCUGAUGUAGAGAAAGUAGUUACAACUCUCCUGAGGAUAUCCUCAGUCUUCAAAGAUGAAGCCCCGGUGAAGACAGCAGUGCAUGAAACAACAGAUGCCUUGAUGAAAAAAGCCUUUGCUUCUGCCACAUUUAAUUCUGAUGCUUUCAUCACAAGCCUCUUGAUCCACAUGGGACUGCUUAAGAGUGAAGAGAAGAUCAAAGCUGUCCCAAGCCUCUAUGGUAUUCUUAUGACCUUGAACCAUAUGGUGCAACAGGAUUACUUCCCUAAAUCUUUGGCCCCAGUUCUUUCAGCCUUUGUGACAAAGCCAAACCGUGCUCUUGACUCCUGUUCCUUUGCCCGCCACAUGCUCUUACAAACCCUCCAUCAGCUGUAACAGAGGUAACAGAGGUGCUCCCGUGCCCUCACCUCCCCCUUUAGACUGUCUUCAGCAGGGACCUCAGAGCUGCGUGGUGGGAGAGGAUCCUAGAGCCCAUGCAGACUUGCUCUUUUUUUUUUU